CAUUUUGAGAGAAAGAAAAUUAAUAAACAAAAAACAUUAAGAAAAAAAAUACUUUCAGUUCGAAAAUACUAUACAACAAGCCAACUGGCCACAACUGGAAAUUAACCAACAAGGUCCACAUCCCACGGAUGGCAUUUGACCUUUGUGGGUAAUCAUUUUCCAUAAGUCCCAUUGAUCCAAUAGAGAGACAUUCAUAAACAAAUAAUAUAUAACAAUGUCUACUGUAAAAGCCUCAUCAUCUGUGCAUUCUUAACAUGCAUGGGUCUCACCUUCCUGAUCCUGGCCUGUGCUGUGCCGACCCCGAAAAUCUUCUACCCGUUCUUCGUGCUGCUCUUCUACGCACUGUCUGUCAUUCCGGUCUUCGUGGCUAAGCGGUCCACGCCCAGCCAGGAGACUAACCCGAAGUGGGAGUUCGCCCAUUUCCUUACCUCGGGAAUGGUGGUCAGCGCUUUUGCCCUGCCCAUUGUCCUGGCCCACGCUGCAGUGAUUACUUGGACGGCUUGCACCCUAACAAUAAUCAGCAAUAUUAUAAACUUCGGCACCAUGUUAGGCUACGCUUUGCGGGACGGAGAGGACUACGGAAGCAUGUUCUAGGGAGGAUUUGAAGUGCCAGUACUCAAAGCAGCAGUCAUAUUGUGGAAGUCCACUACGCCCAUCCCUGCUGCCUUGAUUGCUGCGCAGCUCUGAUAGUAAUCAGCCACAAUCUCAUCUAAUCAAGUGUAAUUUGAUAACUAAAUGCUAAAUAAACAGACAUUAUUAAAAUAAUAAAUCUUAACGCCGGCAAGUGCUGCCAAUCAU